AUGUCUUACCCAGGAGCAGGCCCCGGGAGCGGGAAAGGGAAGCGAGAGCGCGGUCCAACAGUGCUUGUUACGGACUCCCGUGAUCCAGCAUACAGCCACCGACGUCCCCAGAUACAAAACACCGCUUCUCCACGCUUUGUCACCCUUGACAAUGUCCUCCAGCACACCUCAGAUGUUCCGUCCAUGCAUCAACGACAGAAGCCACUAGGUUUCCGAGCACGACCUCGCACGAGACUCAGUGGACCAGGCGCUCUGGCGGGCUCAAUGGGAUCAACUGAAUUGGGACGAAAGAGUGGCAUGGAUCCAAGAUUGAGAACGGCGGGCCGACUGGCAAUUUUGCCGCAUUUGCCACCUCGCUCAACGAAAGUCAGUGAGAAACUGGUGUUGCUUCCGGAAACAGUGCAAGAGGAAGAAGAACUUGUGGAAGAUGUGGAGGAUAUUGAAGGACUUGAUGGUCCUGUGGAUGAGGAACCAGGGCCCACGAGAAAGGAGACUCCUGUUGAAAGGACACGCCGGAUUUUGGCUAAGCAAAGACAACAGAAAAAAUAUGGGGAUUUCGAUCAGGAAAAUGAUGCUGCGCCGCUUCUAGCAGAGGAGGAGCGUCUGAAACGCCGUCGUGUACCCCCUGAAGGGGCUAAGAGUUAUGCAGAGCGUUUACCGAAGGCGCACCGUGCGAAAAAGCUUCCUCGUGUUACGGCCUAUUGUAUUGCACAGGGUUACAAGACAACCGUUACGGCAGCAUUUGUGAAGGAAACCCAUGGCGCGAGGACGAAACUGUACGAUGAUUGUUUGUAUACUGCGUACCAUUUGCCACUAUUGCCUGGGAAGGGGGGUUAUAGAAUUCGGAGUAGUCCGAUUCUGAAAAGUGCGGGGGGCAAAGCUGUCUUAGAUGAGGAGAUUGAGAGGAACGAGCGGAGGGAUUACCAUGACGAAUACUACACGGAAGAAGACGAGCAUUCCGUCAAAGCUACUGGAUUCGACCGCGAAGGAUCUAGAGAGAGGUCAAACUCGCGAGAAGGUGAUGCUGACGGACAAGCGGGGCCAAAUGGCAUCGCAGCCCGUCAGCAGCAGGAACAAGGAAGUCAACACAACUCUGCAAAUAAGGACGAUGCACAUAAUAUGCCCGGAUCAAUUUCCAUGGCCAGAAUCCCACCCAAUGCCCUAACGUUCGCAGAAAUGUUCCUCUUUAGCUACGGAGUUGUCGUCUUCUGGAACUUCACCGAAAGGGAGGAAAAAGAUGCCCUAGCCGAUCUUGCAUUCGCAUCAUCAGGUAAAGGUGGCGGUGCUCCCAUCCCUCUCGCCACAGCUCCGUUGCCCGAAGAGGACUUCGAGACUGAAGAAUUCCACUUUGAGUAUUCAUCACAGAUUUCCCGACCCCGUGUUUACAAUGACAUGAUCACACUGCGCAGUGGGGACCAUAUGAUCAAGCUUGCCAUUAGCCAUGGCAUUGCUCAGAGCACGAAACUGAGCUUCUUUGAGGAAGUUAUGGCACGGCAGAUGGCCGAGGCGAAAGAUGUGCCUCGAAGGCUGGCGUUGACGGGCCAUCUAGGGAUGAAGAGGCAAGAGGUAUUUCAAAUCCUGGGGAAACUGUUUGAGUGUAGAGUUCAGGUGAAUUUAUCUUCGAAUAUGCUCGACGUGCCCUCUUUUUUCUGGGAUAGCGAACCGACUUUGCAUCCCCUGUACAUUGCCGUGCGGGAAUACCUGGAAAUCAAGCCUCGCAUUCAAGUACUGAACGAGCGAUGCCGCGUCUUUCUCGAUUUGACAGAGAUCUUAUCAGAUUCCAUAGCAGAUAAUAAGAUGUCGCGGCAAACAUGGAUUAUCAUCAUUCUCAUCGGAAUUUCCAUCAUCGUCACUAUUUCCGAGGUCGUGUUGCGUUUUGGGAUUCUGUCGACGAGGUCAUCUGAAAUGCGUCAUUAUCCUUCCAAGAUGAUUCAUCAUGCAUACGGUUAUGGGCAUGAUUGGACGGCAUAG